AUGGCUGCUGAAACCACCAACAAUGGGGCCCUCGAAAAGGACAUUGGUCCGGUGCCCCAGCAUUCUAACGGCAGUGGGUCCCCCAUGCACCCCCAGAUGUCUGCCGAGGAGCACCAGGUCGCCAGAGCCGCCGCGCGCUUCGGAUACGGCCCUCUGGCCCAGGUCAACACGGCCGAGGCACGUCUGCCUCCCUUCGGUGGUGAAUUCCAGCCCGGUCUGUACAAGCCGGUGGAAGGUCGCAAGUUUGGCAAUCCCGCUCCUCUUGGCCUAUGCGCUUUCGCCCUCACCACUUUCGUGCUGAGCGCCAUCAACAUGGGGGCCCGGGACUUGACUGCGCCCAACAUCGUCGUCGGUCUGGCCUUUGGAUAUGGUGGUCUGGUGCAGUUGCUAGCCGGCAUGUGGGAAAUGGCCGUUGGUAACACCUUUGGUGCCACUGCGUUGUCCUCGUACGGUGGCUUCUGGCUCGCGUUCGCCAUCGUCUUGACCCCCGGUGGAUUCGAAAUCGAGAAGGAGCUCGGAGGCGCCGGUCCUGACUUUUAUAACUCAAUGGGUCUGUUCCUGCUGGGAUGGUUCAUCUUCACCACCAUCAUGCUCUUCUGCACCCUGAAGUCCACCGUCGCCUUCUUCUUGCUGUUCUUCUUCCUCGACCUGACCUUCCUGCUGCUCGGCAUUGCCUAUAUCCAGCGGGACCCGUCCGGCAUGCCCAACACCAAGGUCCAAAAGGCCGGUGGUCUGUUUGGUCUGCUGGCUGCCUUUGCUGCCUGGUACAACGCCCUGGCCGGUAUCGCCGACACCAGCAACAGCUUCUUCAUCUUCCCUGUCAUCCACUUCCCGUGGUCGCCCACUGGCCGCACCCGCCGGGCCAAGACCGACCGGGAGGAGGCGUAA